AUGCAAUGUGUGUGCAUUGAGGAUGGUAAGGAGGUCAAGGCCCAGUUUUGGGACACCGCUGGCCAAGGAUGCUUUCGAGCUGAUACUUCUACCUACUACAGGGGUGUUCUUGAUGCUCUUCUUGUCUAUGAUGUUAGCCGCAAAGAUGUGAUCUCAGAGAUAAUUUGUUCUAAACAUCUUGAGAAGCUAUUCAAGCUUCUAAUCAAGAAUACUUACAUUUGCAAUGCACUCAUUGAAAUGUAUGCAAAAUGUGGAAGCAUAAAUCAAACCUUCCAGGUCUUCAAUCAAAUGUCUCAAAGAGAUGUGAUUUCUGGAGGUUUGGCAAGUCAUGGAAAAGCUAGCGAAGCAGUUGAAUUGUUUCGUGAAAUGCAAAAAGCAAAGGUUGAACCAAACACUAUUACCUUUCGUGAUCAAGGAUUGAAAAAGAAAAACUCUUAA